AGGUUUCUAUUCCCCGCGGCUUAAGGAAAUAAUGAUCCGAAUCGUUGAAGAAACUGUCUCCUUGUGCGUAUGUUUCGUUUUGAUCCCACAUUCCUAAAGCUCCAGAAAUUGAUCAGAAUGGGAGAAGCUGGUCAAUCCAGAGACGGAGAAUCUGUCACGCCUCUUGUUGGCGGUGGAACUGGGGACAAUGCGGUUGCACCACAAGUGUUUAAUUCUUUACCAGCUCUCAAUGAAGCUGCUUCCUAUAUAACCCAAGCAACGUCUUAUUUGGGCAGCUGUUUUUCUGACUAUUCAGUUGAAUAUGGUGGCAAAGAUUCCUGUAAUUCUAUUUCACACCCCCAUGAGUUGAUAAGAUCAACAUCAGGAGUUGAUGGGAAUUCCCCAGUGAGUGUAUGCAUUUCGCCUGGUGAAAGGUUUUCAACUUCUUCAGAGGCAUCUACGUCUGCUGCCAACAGCCCGUCGAGGGAAUCUACAGAGACUCUGCCGCAGGCAACAAAUGCAAUAGUGACUUCGAAUCGGUUAGGUUUUAAUGGAAUUUCGAUGUUCCAAGGGCUCAUUGAGCGGGCACGGAGGACUGUCCGUGGCUCGGCAGAUGACAUAGGAUGGUUACAGCGUGACCCGGAGAUGCCUCCUGUUGAAGAUGGAACUGAUAGGUUCAAUAAAAUUCUGGAGGACAUUGGGCAUGGUGUACACAGGCUUCCAAAUACAGUGGUGUACUUGUUGGUUCCAGGUCUUUUCAGCAAUCAUGGACCUCUAUAUUUUGUGGAUACGAAAACGAAAUUCUCAAAGAUGGGUUUGGCCUGUCAUAUUGCGAAGAUUCACAGCGAGUCUUCGGUUGAGAAAAAUGCAAGAGAGAUAAAGGAAUACAUAGAAGAACUCUGUUGGGGAUCUAAUAAGCGGGUUCUACUUCUUGGGCAUAGCAAAGGAGGCAUAGAUGCAGCUGCUGCUUUAUCACUAUACUGGCCUGAUCUAAAGGAUAAGGUCGCUGGGUUGGUAUUAGCGCAGAGUCCAUAUGGUGGAAGUCCAAUAGCUACAGAUAUCCUCCGUGAAGGACAACUAGGUGAUUACGUCAAUUUGAGGAAGAUGAUGGAGAUUCUGAUCUCCAAAGUCAUAAAGGGUGACAUUCAAGCUUUGGAAGAUUUAACCUACGAGAGAAGAAAAGAGUUCUUGAAGAAUCAUCCGCUUCCCCGAGAACUCCCCACGGUUUCAUUCCGCACAGAAGCUAGCAUUAGUCCAGCGGUUCUAGCCACUUUGUCACACGUAGCACAUGCUGAACUUCCUCUGACAAACCAAGCCGCAAAACUGCCAGUGGUAAUGCCACUAGGUGCUGCAAUGGCUGCUUGCGCUCAGCUGCUUCAAGUCAGAUACGGUGAAAAGAGUGACGGGCUAGUGACUUGCUGUGACGCAGAGGUUCCUGGUUCUGUGGUUGUUAGACCCAAACGUAAACUAGACCAUGCCUGGAUGGUUUAUUCUUCCUUAAACGAGGUUGCUUUAGAAGCUGAUGCUGCUCAAGUUUGUGAGGCUCUCUUGACAUUGCUUGUCCAAGUUGAGGAAGAGAAGCAACAAAAACUUGCGACCAAAAACGAUUGAUAACCCACAGAUUGUGUUCUUUCUACUUUAAAUUGUUUUAUUUUUAAGACUAUUGUAUUUGUUUGUAUUUUUUUUCUUUCUGUAUGAUCUAUACAGUUCACACAAGAAUUACUAUCAGGUUUGAAUCACACGACAACAACAUUAGUACAAACAAAGACUACUUAA